AUGGUCCUCCAAGUGAAAAGCAAUACUGCAAUGUACAACGUCCCUAGAUACGGAGAUAUACCCAACAUCUUCUUCGCGGACCUACUAGGAACAAGCAAAAGUGGCGAGAAGAACCCAAUUGUCGGAUCCUGGUUCUGCAUUGAGAAAGGACCUGAAUCUACGCCUCCGACAUACUCGUAUGACGAGGUUGGGGUGGUUAUUAAGGGGGAAAUCAAUCUCCGUGAUGAAACUGGACAGACCGUUACAGUGAGGCCAGGUGAAACAUUCUUCUUUCCGAGGGGCAGUACUAUCACUUUUUCUACGGAUAGUUAUGGGUUGGCUUGGAAGUGUGGGGGUCGUGAGAUGGCGAAACUUUGA